AAUAAGUCAGCAUUUGUCAAGAUGUCUUCAGCACCUGAGCCUCCAACAUUUAAAAAGGAACCACCCAAAGAGAAAGACUUUCAAAACCCAGGGCUCAGAGGAGUACGCACAACGACCUUAUUUCGAGCUGUGAAUCCAGAGCUCUUCAUUAAACCUAACAAACCUGUAAUGGCUUUCGGAUUGGUAACCCUUUCACUUUGCGUGGCAUAUAUUGGUUAUCUACAUGCAACACAAGAGAAUAAAAAGGACCUCUAUGAAGCUAUUGACAGUGAGGGACACAGUUAUAUGAGGAGGAAAACAUCUAAAUGGGAUUAAUAGUGCUGGUUACUGCAAAUGGAGCUUUAUUCAGGACUCUGAAAUCUUCAGAUGAAAGACUUUAUGAGCACACAGUAUCAUGUUUCUUGUUCUAGAAUAUGUUAAUGAGGAGAGAAGACAGCAGUUGCACCCAGACAAUUGUAGUAAAUUUUUUCCUUUCGUAGCUGCAGCCAUCAUCUCAUUCCUUUUCCACAGAAAAUGUCACAAUAUUUUUCUUUUAUUCAAUCCUUUUAUUAAUAUGCCAUGAGAAUAGAAGUUAUUUUUGUUAAUUAUUAAGUUCUGUGUAAUAAAAAUACCCAGUGCUAUUAAA